AGAAAAGCGGGAAAUAAGAAUCAACAAAAACAGUGGGUAUUUGGAAAUAAAACUUUUGCCUUAUCUUCGCUAUGAAUGUCUACCCACAGUUCUAUGCACCACCUGGCAAGAACUCACCACAACAGACAAUUUGAUUGGCUUUCCCUCACAUCAACCAGAAUUUGGGUUAUAUAACAACUUUUCCAGAUCCUGGUGUAGUGAAGGUCCUUCAAGAUGUCACUUCUAGCAAGAAUGUUACCAAUUGUCUCCCCCUGGCUACAAACUGAUCCAGUAACCAAUGAAUUUAUUCAACAGAAAAUAUUAACUGAUGAAAGAAAUAUGGUGAUGUUUGGAGGACAAAAAACGGGCAAGACAUCACUGUUGUUCCAGACUGCUUUAUCAUUUGCUGGUGAAGAAUUGACUGUUAUGUUUAUAUCUCCACAGCCGUUGGCUAAGCUCCCAUUAACAGUUCAUGGCUUACUUGACCCAAAUGCUGCAAUUUUGAAAUCUGUUAAAUUUGUGUACCAUUCAACAGUGAAAGAAUUAAUAGACUAUUGUGCAUCAGUCCAUAUGAAGCAGUAUUAUCCAGAUGUUAUUAUAUUAGAUGAUCUAGAACAUUACAUUUCACAGUUAAAGAGUGAAGGUGUUGAUCAUGGAAUGGCUAAAAUCUGUGCCUUGUUGAUUGAUGCUGCCUCUUUUAUUAAACAACACAGUGAAAGUGGUAAAUGUAGAAUGUUGUUAUGUUUAUCAGAUAAAUAUAAAUCAUUACCAUCAAUAUGUAAACAGUUUGAUUUUAAUACUUUAUAUAUACAAGGUGCUGAUACAAACCAAUUUGACUUGAUAUACAAGACACAAGACAACAAAGAAUUAACAUCCAGUUACAUUUUGACAGAUACAGAUAUCAGAUUAAAUCAUAUUGUGUUAAAGUCUACAACCUGAUGUUUGUUCAUAUAUUGUUCAUCAUGAUAAAUUUACCAUGUAAAGAUUUAAGGACAACAAAAAAUAUAAACUUAUGCCAGAUAUUUUUGUGAUCCUCAGAUGUUUUAUUUGGACAUCAUAGAUGAAAUCUUGUUUUCUCUACCCUUGGUAGAAGCGGACAUUAACAUCAUGGCCAUUGGUGGAAGUGGACAUUAAACCCCCAUGGAAUGAAUGAAGACACUUUGUUUAGAGAAUACAAGCAGGGUGCAAAGAAAGAUCAGAUUAAAUUUGAGUCCAAAUCCUAGAAAAUGAAUGGGGUUUAAAAUUUACUCUUCUGCACUGAAUAGGCUAAGAAAAUUCUAGCAAACAUGGUAUCUAGAAAUGAUAAGUUUUGAAGGAGAGUUAUGUUUAAUGCAUUUGUUUUAAGAUCUUUUAUAUUUUUUAUUAUCUUGUUAUAGAUUUGAAAGAAAAUUAUUUUUGUUAUUAAUUAGACUAUGUUACAUUUUACUUACAGAUGAAAUGGGGUUUAACUCCUUAGUUUUCUGUAGCAACCGACUAAUGAAGACGGGCAUUGAACACCAUCAGUGCGCCAUGAUGGAAAUUUUGCUUGAACUUCCACCAUAUAUAAAUAUUUCCAAAUAUUUUGACAACAAUACCACAAUAUUUAUAUAUAUAAGAAGUCUUUUAGUUUCUCACAUUUAUGAUCAAUAAAUAAAUGGUCAUGUUGUAUUUAACAGAUUAUAACCAUUUAAACAUCAAUAGACCAAUAAGGUCAACAACAAGCAGCAAUUACAUCCAGGUAUUUCUGAGUGCAAAAUAGGUUAUGUGCCCUUACAUGCCAGCUCCUGCACCACUGACACACAGA